GCCAGUCACAGCAUCUCUCCUUCUCACUGCACCAGGGCUGAGGGAGUCUUCGUCCCUUUGCUUCCCCCGCUGCAGAUUUUACUCAUUUCCAUCAGCGCAGUCAUCCUUUUUUUCCCCCUGCUUUUUUUUAUUAUAAACUUGCUUUUGACAGAUGCAUUGCAUUCAUCUCUCUCAGUAUGCCAAGGUCUGAGGAUGUAUCCGGUAACGACAUGGGUUGUCCUGUUUAAAGGAAUUAAAAAGCGGACGUUUGCAGAGGACAGUGCUUCAGACUAGGACUCCGACCGAGACUUGUUCUUUUCUUUUUGCUGCUAGAGUGGAUUACCCUUUUGUUGCACUACCGGUGCUUUGUUCAGGGCGACAGACAUACUGAGGGAUGAGUUAAAAACAAGGCUAUAGAAUCCCAUACAUCCAAAACUGAGCUCAUACUUGAAAGGACUAUUACAAGGCACUUCAGGAGAACGUGCUGAACCUCUCCCUGUCGAUGCCUCAGAAUGUCACAAGGAAAAUGCAAAUAAGUUAUUUGGAUAAAUGAGUGGAUUGCUGAUUGAUCCCCACACACCCCUAUGCAAGUGUCUGCCACAGGAUUGCUGAGGAGGAGUGAGUGGAGCGCUGAGUUAUUCAGCUGGCCUCUCAUUGCCCCCGGAGAGUCCUUUCACCUGCCUGCAUGGGAGUCUGACAUCCAACGCGCUCAUCAGCUACUGGGCUCUUACAUUUGUCUGUCUUUCAGCAAAUUGCAGUCCAGAAAAUUGAGAGGCAAGUUUGAACCCUUGGAUUUAAACUUUACAUGACUUUAAUGGCAGAACUCAUCCAGACAUUCUGAUGGGCGUGCUUGUUGCCUCAUUCUGCCUGGGGAUGCCUUGCAAACACAUUUCCCCCCCAGCGCCAUGUGUGUUGAGAGAGCUGUGACAUUAUCUCCUGCGGAGAUCCCCUUGUUGUUCUAGCCUGUGUCUGUGUUUUGAUUCAGACAAUAGCUGGGCAUUCACGGGCUCCAGACACUGAUCAGAGGACCACCAAAAUAAGGGAAGCCUGCGGUAUCGUGGUAAACACAGUAGCACUCGUGGCACAGUGAAACUUUGGAUUGUUUCGAAGCAUUGACUCCCAGGGAUGGAUAUAACGGUACACAAGAGAUUCUUAUGAAGCCUUUAUUUUCACUCCCAAGAAUCGGUUGCCUAAAUGUUUUUUUUAAAAGGUAACCGCACACUGUAAAUUUUAUCUGAAGGUUUCCUUCUUGCAUCUUCUCUGCUUUCUGCCCAUGUGAGGACAGCACACGCUGUCAGUCUUCCGAUGGCAACCCUCAUUAAAAUCAGGAGAUGAGGACACUGACCGGCAGGAAAAGCAGGAGGGAAACUCGUCUUUGGGAUAGAUGCUGGCCACAGUGCUAUCGCUCCUCUGCCUUAGGUUUACUGAAGAAAUACUGCUUUUUUUUUCUCCCCCUCACUACUCCUGACUUUCACCCACCCACUACUUCCACUAACCAUGAAUGAUUGGAAAAGGAGAGCUGAACUGGUUGUCCUAAUCUUCCGAAGCCUGUAUUGAUUUUCCACAAGUCACUGUUGUGAGAGCAAGGUGAAAGAUAGAAUGAGUGUGCAAGAGAGAGUAUUGAGCACUGUCAACUGAGCGUGGCUGCAGAUGCCCAGUCAAGAGCGGGAGGGGGCAGGCAGUUCUCCAGUUUCAGGCCAACUGCCUUAUGGGUGGCACACCACAAACCUGACCCACCUGGAUUGCACCCAGAACAAUGAACGAGUCUGAACUGACAACGGAUCCGGUGCUCACUGCCAACAGCAGCCAUGUAGAGGUCUUUCCUGGAAGGACCUUCAACCACUCCUGUCCCCUGGGCUGGGGGCUGAAUGAAGGCCUGGAGACUUGCGUCCUAGAGACUGCUGUUAUUGUACUUCUGACAGUGCUCAUCAUUGCAGGGAACCUGACGGUGAUCUUUGUGUUCCACUGUGCCCCCCUGUUACACCAUUACACCACCAGCUACUUCAUCCAGACAAUGGCCUAUGCUGAUCUGCUGGUUGGUCUUAGCUGCCUGGUGCCCACCCUGUCUCUGCUCCACUACCCGGCAAGUGUCCAGGAGCCCAUCACAUGCCAGGUGUUCAGUUAUGUUAUCUCUGUACUGAAGAGUGUUUCGAUGGCCUGCCUGGCUUGUAUCAGUGUGGACCGUUACCUGGCCAUAACUAAACCCCUAUCUUACAACCAACUGGUGACGCCAUGCCGGUUACGAGGCUGCAUCACCCUCAUCUGUGUCUACUCGAGCCUGGUUUUCCUGCCCUCCUUCUUUGGGUGGGGUAAGCCAGGAUAUCAUGGGGACAUUUUUGAAUGGUGCGCUCACUCUUGGCCAACUUCUGCCCUUUUUACAGGCUUUGUAGUGUGCCUGCUCUAUGCACCUGCUGCACUUGUGGUCUGUUUUACCUAUUACCAUAUCUUUCGCAUUUGCCAGCAGCACAAUAGGGAGAUUAGUGAACGGCGGGCACGUUUUCCAAGCCAGGAGAUGGAGGCCGGAGAGGGGGGUGGCAGUGGUGGGCAUCAGGGAGGGCAUGGACCAGAUCGGCGCUAUGCGAUGGUGCUCUUUCGCAUCACCAGCGUUUUUUAUAUGCUCUGGCUGCCCUACAUAAUCUACUUCAUGCUGGAGAGCUCCCAUGUGCUGGAGAGUCCUGCCCUUUCCUUCAUCACCACCUGGCUAGCCAUUAGCAACAGCUUUUGCAACUGUGUUAUCUACAGCCUGUCUAAUAGUGUGUUCCGCCUGGGCAUGCGUAGGCUCUCGCAGACAAUUUGCACCUUCAGCCACUGUGCAGCUGACGACAGGGAUUUUGUGGAGCCUAAACCAAGGAAGAGGGCAAACUCGUGCUCCAUCUGAAGGGAGGACUUCCACAUAAUGAGAAAAGUCCUGGAAUGUAUGUAUGGAAACAUGGACAAUUUCCUAUUAGCUGACAGUGACGUUGCCUUUGUCACACUAAAUCAUGCUUUAUUCCAUUGCAAAGAAGAUGGAUGCAGUGUCGAAACAGACAGAGUUGAUGAGAGUUUGGCAUCUUGUGAUAGGUUUUAUUCUAUUCUAUGUGGAUCAGAUUGAAAUUAGUCUCCCCAUGCCUUUUAUAACUGUUACAUCUGCCUAUAUAGUCAACAACCAUCCCAGGACUAGUGAGAAGUCAAAACUGUAAAUUCUGAAAGAUUCACAAAAAAAUUCCUCCGACAAAAAAAAUCAGUUUCAGGCCUGUUACAUUUAGAUAGUGUUUGUCAAUUCAAUUGACCUUCUGCUUAAUGUCUCCUCACUGACUGUCAUUAGCAAAUACAAGAUAACUUGUUUCAAGAUUAUAAAUGGAAAUGUUAAUUUUUAACUGUAUAAACACACAAAGUGACAAUGAUAACAGCCAUUAUGCUGCUGAUAAAUAAUAGAUGGUGAAUGGCCUUGACUGUUUUUUAGAGAAAAGGUAUCAGUCCUUUUCUGCUCAAGUAUUUUGUGUUGGGUCUGUACACUUGACGAAUAGGAGACGGACGCAAGAAAAAUAUUCAUGAUCCACUGGUCACAUAUUCUGCGACGACUGAUAAUGAUUGGUAUGUCAACAAUCCGACAAUUGGUUGAAAUUGAAAAAAGCUGUUCAAAAAGCAUACUACAUAAUCUUUAACAACCACUGUAAAACUUCUGAGAGGAAGAAACCUUUUGAAACCUUUAAAUGAAAUUAAAAUCAUAAAAAAAAAUAUAUAUAUAUAUAACGCAUUGCCUCCACUGUUUACCAAUUAAGAUAUAAGCUCAUUAUCGUUGCUCACCAAUCAAAUGGUGCACCCCUAAUAAAAAGAAGCACCCUAUUUCCAGAAUGGAGACCAAGGAUGUAUCAGGCCUAGCCUGGUUUUAAACUAAGGCAGUGAACUGAUGCUCUGGGCAGAUUACUACCCAGCACAGUGUUUUUUUUCCCAUGACCCCCCCUCCUUGCAUAAAAUAGCUCAUCAGAGCCAGGGUUCCCACCAUUGGUGUGACAUUCCUGAUAUGGCUGUGUUAUGAGUAUUCUGCUAACAGUUUGAUGCAUGAGUGCUCAUGACAGCCAUUUCCAACCAGUAAAUAAAUAUCAAAUCCCUCUUCUCUGUAUAUAGAAGGCCAUGUAUUCUGGAUAGUGAACACAUAACAGAACUGGAGAAAUCCUGUGUUUUGAAUUUCACGUUGUUAUUCAUUAAACUUUCUCAUUUGUAAACUUGCCUCUGUCACUUACAGGUAAGGAUGAGAAGUAGCAGUGUUGACCUGAAGAUGUAGCCUGGUUUUAGGUGCCUUUCAUCGGCGACACUGUUAUCUUGUUGAGGAUGACAGUGGAUUUGAUUUCCCAGCGCUAGUGAACAGGGGCUCGGGUUAAUGUGACUUGAUCUGUCUGAAGAUUGCUGUGGGGUCAAAAUUGAACUGAUCUGAAAUUACAUGCUUAGUUGUGAUAAAGGUUUAAAGCUAUCGGCUUAUCUUGUGUUGGUUUGUUUAACUACAGACUGCACAAUGUGCAUUAUUAUAAAUUCCCCCCCUCCCGUUUUCGCUCAGCUGCACCACUUCCAAUAUUUGUGGAAAUAAAAAAGUUAUUUCUCUCAAUCUACAGGCCUGAAUGUCUCACAGGCCUCUCAGUGUUUUGAGGAAUGAACACAGUAUUAAGUGUGCACUCUUCAAACUUAAUGGAGACAUAUCAUGCUUUUUCAGUGUUUCCCUCUCUUCUAGUGUGUUAUAGAGGUUUUUUUUGUGUCUGUAAAAGGUCUGCAAAUUUAAAAUCUCUAAGUCCACUCUAAUGGGAGCUCCUGAAACGCCUCGUCAGUGGUCCCGGCCAAUGCAUUUGUUACGGGAGCGCAUAAGUCACCUAGUCGCUCGUCUAAUACGCCCCCAACAAAUCUAGGUACAGCGAGAGCAGAGGCCGACACUUCCUCCACGUGUCUGUUAACCAAUCACAACAAAGUGGGCAAAACCAAGCAUUUCAGACAGAGGCUGUACACUGUACUGUACAUUUUGGGUAAGAAAAGAUUUGCGGUUUUGUUCUUGUACUUUGGAGACUGUUUCCCAUUCUGGGCUCUUUUGAUAGACGAUGAGCAGAUGAUGUGUGCUGCUGAAGCAACCCUCCAGACUGCCUUUGGUUUACGAUUAUCAGCCUUUUGCUACACUGCACAGUACUAAAGUCAUUCCAGUCAAUUAACCUUGUACACAUUCCCUUGAUUAUUGGAUCAGUGACAAAAUGUCAUUCAUUUCGCAAAAACACAGCCACAUACUAUAGCCAACGAUUUUUCUCUCUGCCCACGUAGUAUUGUUGGUCAUCUGUGGUUUAGCCCUUACUUGUUGUGUAUAUUUGUCAAUGCUAGAAACCAAGUGACCCUCACUCAGCCCCUAAAUAUUGUAACUGUAACUCCAUUUGAUGCUGCUCAACAGUAACCAGUGUAAGUCAUUUUAAAGCUGCAUUAAGUGAUUUCCUCUUUUUUUUUUACCACUAAGGGCAGAAAGACCCUGAGCCUUUUGCUUAUUAUAUUUCAGUGACUUCUUAACAAGCGAUUCUCCAUUUACACACCCAGCUGAGACACAGCUACAUGAGCAUUCCAGUAGUCUUUCUGGCCACCUUAUGAAUGUAAGAAAAUCUUGUUAUUAAAUGAAGAAAAAAAAAUAUUUGCUCUACUUUCUUCACCAGCCACUUGUUUACUUCAGCUCUUUGCAGUUUUGCAUGAGGUUCAUAAAGUACUGUCGACUUGAAAUAGUUAUGUGCUGGGAGUGGCUGCCCAUGGUUUACACUGUAUCUGCCAGCAUUGGUUUGUUUUUUUCGUCUAUUCAGACAACGGCAAUAACCAAAUCGGUUCAGUAAAAGCAUCUGGGGAAAGCCUGCAGUAAGGGGUGUUGAUUCUCAGAGAGAUUAUCAGCAUUCAACACCCUUUAAUGUGAUCAGGAGUCAUUUGAUUCAGUGUCAAUAUUAAAAGAAAUAUUGCUUUAUGCAGCUUUAAUGGAGUACAGAUUGUUCUGUAUAUGUGCCUAAAGAUGUAUUUUGUAAGAAAAGUGAAAAAAAGAUGUUGAGAAUAAUAACUGUUACAUGUACAUGCUGCACUUUUUAAAAACUAUUUUCCAGCUACAUGAACAUACGUUGUAUCUAUAUACAUUUCUGAUUAUACAUUGUCAUUUGAUUUGAUUUACCAUGGCUUUGUGAUAAGUUCACAUGGAAUUUAUUAAUUUAUCAGUCAAACUGACAUAUCUUCCAGAGGGUUCUAUUAUCUGACAUCUACAUCAUAUCUGUAAGAUAAGAGAAGGCAGCAGUUUUGUCUGAGCCCUGUGAAUGCCCUUUUUGUACUUAUAUCACCUGACAUAUAUGAGGAAUAACAGUAGGGAAACACACAGCCUACCCGUGUAAAAUAUUAGAUUUAUAAAAAUAACAUUUUUUUUAAUAGCUUGUGAGGAUAUUAUCUAUAUUAGUGCUAUAUCAUUUUCAGUCUGGUAACAAACAACAACAUAUAAGAUGGGAGAAAACUAAAUUCUGUAAUGACCAAUACCAUAUAAUGUAAAAGUUGAUUAAAUCUAAUACAGUGGAAAUUACUGUAUUUGGUCAGAAGUUGCACAAAUACUAAUUCAUUUGUUGGGCUUUUUUUGUGGCAGUUUAUUUAAAGUAUGUGUCUUGGCUCAGGGUUUUAAAAAAAAUCCAAGAGCCAUUAAAUGAAUAUUUAAAAAAAUAAAUUGUUUUUAUGUGUCUGUAUUACACUGACUGACUGAAGUGUUAGAAACUCAAAACUGUUCAAACAUGUUGUCCUACUUUGAAGUGCAUUGAUAGAGGCUUUUAUUUAAGAGAGAUUAGUCAAGAGUUUGAUUAAAUUUCAAAUGUGUUUUUAUUUAAUAAAUUAUGUUUAUACCUUUACACAUUAUACUGUACAUGAGUAUACUGUAUGUAAAGUGUGUGAAUGUUUUCAAUCUGCUGUACAGCCAAACAAAAAAGAGAAGAAAAAAAAGUCUGACGUAUGGCGCACCCUUUUGUGUUAAAUCGACUAGGCUGCUAAUGUUUUGAGUAGGAGGCAGAGUGUGUUAAAUUACACAGUAUCUAUUUUUUUAUUUUGAGAUUUUGUCAAAGGCUAUGGUUUUGCUGUUGCUGCCAACCCAAUAAAGGUAAAAAAAAAUUGUAGAAAUGGA